AUGGCAUCCGUACCCAAGUUCAACAGCCAAUCCACGGCCUCCGAGGUCGCCGCUGCUUUCUCUGAUUCCAUCAAGGGCCGCAACAUCCUCAUCACAGGCGUGGGCCCAGGCGGUCUUUCACAGACGCUGGUCCAAACGCUUGCCGACCACGCCCCCGCCACCCUCUACCUGGCCGGCCGCUCGCCCGCCAAAGUCAACGCCAUCGCCUCCAGCCUGCAAGCCACGCACCCCGCCAUCCAAACGCGCACCAUCCAGGUCGACCUCGCGUCCUUCGCCUCCAUCCGCGCCGCAGCCGCGCAAGUAACCGCCCCGCUGCACCUACUCAUCAACAACGCCGGCGUGAUGAACGUGCCCACGCGCACGCUCUCCGCCGACGGCUACGAGAUGCACCUGGCCGUGAACUACCUCGGGCUCUUCCUCCUGACCAACUUGCUUGUUCCCCGCCUGGCGCUGGGCGCGCGCGUCAUGAACGUCGCCAGCAGCGCGCACACCAUCUCGCCCUUCCGCUUCGAUGACUACAACUUCGACGACGGCAAGGGCGAGCAGUUGCCAGAGGAGCAGCGGCCGAUCAAGGCCGCGCUCGACGGAUUCGGGCUGCCGUACGGCCUGGGCUACGUGCCGCCUGUGGCGUAUGGGGCGUCGAAGACGGCGGUCGUGCUGUAUACGGGGGAGUUGGCGAGGCGGUUGAAGGUGAGGGGCGUGUCUGUUACGUGUGUGAAUCCAGGUCCGAUCGCGACGGAGCUGUGGCGUGAGAUGCCCGAGGAGGUGCGUCAGCAGGUGUUUGCCAACCUGCCGAUGCGGUCGAAGGAGCAGGGCGUGGCGGACUAUCUCGUCGCGGCGUUGUAUCCCGGGCUUUCAGAUGGUGCCUAUGUGGAGAACUGUGAGGAAACGGAUGUGCUUCCUUUCGCGAAGGACGCCAAGCAGGCGCAGCGCCUUUGGGAGUUGAGCGAGGAGCUUGUGCAGGAGAAGUUUGCAUUCUAG